GCGAGAGCUUCGCUUAUCUCCAAACAGCUCUCAGUUUUGAUCAAUCGCAAUCCCAAAAGGCAGUUGAACCCGGAAUGCUGAGCUGUAGACACCUGAUUGGCCACCUCCGGAGGCAGGCGAGCACAGUGGCAGCUCGUGUCUUGGCUCCCGGCUAUGUAGAAGUCCAAGAAGACAAGGGUUUGGCCCUCAAGUACCCACAGGUAUGGCUAAGGGACAACUGUCAGUGUUCGGAGUGCUUCCAUGCCUCCACAAGGGCCAGGAAGAGUAAUUGGGAGCGUGGUCCUGUAAAUAUAGAAGUAGCCAAAGUGGACUAUAACCAGAAGCAGCAGCAAUUGGAAGUUGUCUGGCAGGACAAGCAUAAGAGUUCCUUUGACAUUGCUUGGCUGAGGGAAAGGGAUUUCGGUGAGGCGGCCAGACAGCGCUACCUGGACGAGGUCUACAAGCCACCAGUGCAGCUCUGGGGCAAAUCCCAGUUUGAGGCUGUGCGAAAGGAGUUCAACUACCAGGAUGUCAUUCAGCAAGAUGCAGUGCUGCAGGCCUGGCUGGAGGCAUUGGCAAUUCAGGGAUUUGCUAUACUCAAGGGAGCGCCAGAUGAUAUCAAUGUGGCAAAGCAUUUGGCCGAAAGGAUUGGCUACAUCAAGAGGACCACCUAUGGAGAUGUCUUUGAGGUAAAGUCCAAACCGAAUGCAGGAAACUAUGCCUAUUUGAUGACACCCCUGCCAUUGCACACGGAUAUGCCUUAUUAUGAGUACAAAGCGGGGAUUAAUAUCCUUCACACCCUCGUCCAGUCGGCUUCAUCGGGCGGUGCGAAUACCCUCACCGAUGGCUUCAAUGUGGCCAAUGAGAUGAGACGCCAGCAUCCCGAGGAUUUUGAUGUCCUUCGCUCAGUGCCUGUCAAUUGGUUUGAUAUUGGUCACGAUGGUGAUGCCACGCGACCCUUUCACAGCAUCUGGCGGUCGCCGGUGAUAUGCCUGGAUGUGGAUGGGGGCUAUGCCAGAAUCAAUCAGAAUACAACCAAGCGUGAUAGUCGAUUUACGGUGCCAUUGGAGCAGGUUGUGGCCUGGUAUCGUGCCUAUGACAAGUUCCUAGAGCUUGCCCACUCGGAGGCAGUGGAGUUUAAGACACAAGCUGGCGACGUUUUCGUGUUUAAUAAUCUGCGAAUGUUGCAUGGACGGACGGCUUAUGAGGAUGCACCGGGCAAUAAGAGGCAUUUGGUGGGUGCCUAUGUUGAUUGGGACAUUAUCUAUUCCAAGCUGCGAACGCUUAAGUAUCCCAAUGCCAAGGAUUAGGGAGUUACAAGAAUAACGUUCUAAUAAUACAUUUUUAAAAUA